AUGUCCCUUCUGCGGAAAGCUGAGAAAUGCAUUGCUAAUUCAAAGUCAAACGCGGCUCUCAAUGCCUUUAUAACGACUGUGCAACGCACCGGUUCAUGGAGGGAGCAGGUGAAGGAUGCGGAGCUUAGGAGGGAAUUGGGGAAACCCAAGUCCAAAAUGGAUGGGCGCUUCAUUGCCGUCAAAGACAAUAUUUGCACACGCGACUAUCCAACUACCUGCGCAUCCGGGAUACUAGCCAAAUAUACCAGUCCAUAUAAUGCGACGGUGGUGGAGCUGCUGCUGGAAGCUGGGGCCAUAGUCGCUGGGAAGACGAACCUCGAUGAAUUUGGCAUGGGAUCGCAUUCGGUUCAUUCGUGGUUUGGGCCCGUCAAAAGUCCACUUGCAGACCAGGAAGGUCAGAUCCUGUCAGCUGGUGGGAGCUCUGGGGGAAGCGCUGUUGCCGUUGCUACAGAUCAAUGCCAUGCGGCACUCGGAACAGACACCGGCGGUUCGAUUCGACUUCCAGCUGCCUAUACGGGAACCGUUGGAUUUAAACCGUCGUAUGGACUGGUCUCGAGGUGGGGUGUUGUGGCGUACGCAAAUUCACUAGAUACUGUUGGAAUACUGGCCAAAGACACAUCCAGCGCCCGUGAUCUAUUCCGUAUUCUGAAUCAGCACGAUCCCCGCGACCCAACCAACCUGUCUGCCUUCUCUCGAUCUCGGAUAUCGGCGCACCUCGAACGUCCCGCCCUCGCGUCUCGAAUGACAUCGUCGCCUCUAAGAAUUGGCGUUCCUAUUGAAUAUAAUAUCCAUGAACUCGAUCCUUCGGUGCGCCGUGCUUGGUCUCGCUCGUUGAGAUAUUUGAGGGACCAGGGCCACACUAUCCAUCCAGUAUCUCUUCCAGCAACCAGGCUUGCUCUCUCCGCAUACUAUGUGCUGGCUCCUGCAGAAGCAUCCUCGAAUCUCGCAAAAUAUGACGGGGUUCGAUACGGAUAUCGCUUCGAUGGCCCGGAUUCCGAUGGCCAACCAGAGAACUAUCUGUAUGCUAAGACCAGAGGCGAUGGCUUUGGAUCUGAAGUCAAGAGACGGAUCCUACUAGGCGCAUUCAGUUUGAGUGCUGAUACCAUAGAUAACUACUUUAUCCAAGCACAACGCGUCCGUCGGCUCAUCCAGCGUGACUUUAAUACUGUCUUCAAGGCCGAGCAACCGCUGGCGCCCGCGCAUCACACUGCCGCUGGCAACCAGGCAUCUAAGGAAGCUGAUGUCGAUGUUUUGAUCUGCCCAACAGCUCCGUCAUGUCCGCCGCGCAUGUCAGAAAUUAUGGAUAAAAAAUCCGCUCUCGCGUCUCUGGACGCAUACACAAACGAUGUCUUCACUGUACCAGCCAGUCUCGCAGGUUUACCCGCGGUGUCUGUUCCGGUCACCGUGGGUGCAGAAGACAAAGACUCUGGAGACAUGAAUCAGGUUGGAAUUCAGGUCAUUGGCCAAUACGGAGAUGACGAGCUUGUUCUGAAAGUGGGAGAGUCGCUGCAUGACAGAAGACUAUAA